AGCCCAUCUUAUUAAAUUUGGUAACAAAUUAAAUAUAAUAUUGUUCGUGUAGUAAAUGGUAUCGGUACUCUACGUAGUAUCAAAGUCAAACCAAAUAUCCUUUUAAUUUUUACCAUCAAAAUCCCCAAUUUCUGAAUGAAACCUCAAAACGUACACACACAAGCAUAAAUACUCUCAAGAGAAGAGUCUGAACCACUCUUUACCUCUCGUACUAGUUAUUACUACAAGUGCAAUUUACAAAGAGAAAACAACCCCUAGUUUCCUUUUCUUUCUCUAUUUUCUGCACUCUCUUGUUUUAUUUUCUGAAUCCGAAAAACAAAAAAAAAAAAUAGCAAAAAAAGAAAUUAGAAAUUGAAAAGUAAUAUUGUAAUAAUCUGAUAUGCCCUCGUUGUGAUUAAGAUGGUAGAAGACGUAGGAAGAUCGAAUUGUUUCUCAGACGAUCUAGACACAACAACAAGCACUAGUUCUUAUUCGAUGACGGGGAGCGAGUUUCAGUCACCUGAGCCCGACAAUUUCUCUCUCUUAAAACCACACCGUUGUUCUGAUUCCGCUUUCGAAGCCAUUGUAUCGGCUUCCUCUGCAGCCAACAACCGUCCUUUAAGCUUUAAUGACUUUAAGCUCAUCCGUAAAGUCGGAGCUGGGGAUAUAAGCACCGUAUACUUAUGUCGGCUUCGCUCCGAUGAGUCCUGUGAGUAUGCGAUGAAAGUGGUGGAUCAACAGAUGCUAGCUAUCAAGAACAAAACACAAAGAGCCGAGAUGGAAAAGAAGAUUCUCAAGUUGCUUGACCACCCUUUUUUGCCUACAUUAUACGCGCAGUUUCAUGCAUCUCAUUUCUCUUGCAUUGUUAUGGAGUAUUGCUCUGGUGGUGACUUGCAUUCCCUCCGUCAUACCCUCCCUUACCACCGCUUCCCUCUCUCUUCCGCAAGGUUUUACGCGGCAGAGGUGUUGGUAGCGUUGGAAUAUCUGCACAUGCUUGGAAUCAUUUACAGAGACUUAAAACCCGAGAACGUUUUAGUGAGAUCAGACGGUCACAUCAUGCUCUCUGAUUUUGACCUCUCCUUAUGCUCUCAUUCUAUCCCAGCAGUUGAAACUCCUCAGUUUUCAUCUCCAACUCAUUUCCCAAAUAACUCCUCUUCCAAUUCCCCUACCAAAAAAAAUACUACUCCCACUCCAACAACACCCUCAUUUUCUUGUAUUCCAUACAACCGACUGUUCCGGUCUAAGAAGAUACAAUCUUUAACCGGUAACCGGCUCUUUGUAGCAGAGCCUGUUACUGCAAGGUCAUGCUCCUUUGUUGGUACACAUGAGUAUAUUGCACCAGAGGUUGCCUCCGGUAAUUCUCACGGAAACGCCGUUGAUUGGUGGGCCUUUGGGAUAUUUUUGUACGAGAUGAUAUAUGGACGGACUCCUUUUGCUGGACAAUCUAACGGAGCUACACUGCGUAACAUCUUAAAAAAGCCCUUGACUUUCCCUACACAUACUCCCUCUUCCUCGUCAGAAUCCAACGCACGUGAUCUCAUUUCCGGCUUGUUAAAUAAAGACCCAGCGGCUCGACUUGGCUCAAGUCGUGGGGCUGCUGAUGUCAAAACCCAUCCUUUUUUCAAGGGCUUGAACUUCGCACUCGUUAGGUCACUCACGCCGCCUGCGGUUCCGGGAUUACGACAACAACGCCCGUCAGGUGCGACGUCGUUUAAGGGUGGUGCUAAUCGUGUUACCAACAGAAAAGAAUCAACGGCCUUUGAUUACUUUUAAGUAAGAAGUUUCCUUACCAAGGGCUGAGAUUAUCUCCACGUGUCUUGUCGGUCCCGCUAUACAUGGGGACAGUGACAGUCUGGUGGGGACAGUUGUAUAUUCGACCUGUCUAUUUAAUAGAGGGGAGAGAAAAGUAACACAAUUUCUCUUUUUAUUUUAUUUUAUUUUUUAUUUUUAGAGGGACUUAUUAAUUAAUCUAGGUGUAGGACUGUAGCAUGUACAAGUUAUGUAAUGGGACUGUAGGACUGAUUCAAAGAAAUACGUCAUGUAUAACGUGAGUAAAAUUAAAGUAGAUUAUCAUAAUGCGGGUAAAAUAGGUGGAAAGAACAAUGUAGGUGCGGCCAUGUAUUAAGGUGCUACGGAGUUUUUUGUUUUUGUUUUUGUUUUUUUAACCAAGUUUACAAGAGAUUUUCGUGCAUCAUGAAUAAUCCUAAAUUAUACUCUCUCCGUCUCUUUUUGUAUUUUACGUUUGGUA